CCUUUAAAAACAACUUCAAAAAUACCUCCUGGAGCAAUUUUCUAGAUAAACCCCAGCCAUUCCUUUUUCAAAAUUUAUCUAAUUCUCAAAACCCAAAAAUAAAGAAAAGUCAAACUUACUUUUCUUUUCCUUUUGAAUCAUGGCCGGCUGCACUCUUCUUCUUUUCUUCUUUCUUUUUUUUUUUAUUUCACCGUCAGUGGCCCCAUUGAAAAAUCUCCUCCAUCUUAUUAAUUUUCAAAACAAAUCCCAAAAACAAGGAUUAGCUGAAAAUUAAAAAUUCAUUUUGUCUUCUCCAUCUUCCACGGGCCAAACCGACUUUCCCUUUCCCUUUUACUUUGCUUGACCGCCGGCUGCACUCUUCCCUUGCUUGCUUGUUCACCAAAUAGCUUCCAAAUUUCUACCCAACUUGCAACAUCUAAGCUUCUCCCAGUCACAGCCGGUCCCUCUGCUUCAUUCUUUUUUUUUUUAUGCUUCCCUAGAUCUACCCAAAACAGCAACCCACUUCUUCCAACUUCCAGAUCUACUGCCGGCGGCUCCAGAUCAGCUACCACACACGGUGGUCCCCCCAGGAACUCUUCUUGCCCCACAGAUCUGCCUAGCUUGUGCCUUCCUUUGCCAAAAUCAUCCCCAUGGCUCAUGACCGAGAAGAGCAAACCAUGCCCACCGGAUCUGCUUCCAUGGCCGGUUCAAAGGCCACUCCUUGCUUGAGGUCACCUCCCCCAAAUUUAAUUGAAAUCUUUCAAAAUCGUAACCUUCAAGAUGAUAUAAACAGGGUACUCCAAAAACAGAAACCAUGCCAUUCAAGCCAAACUUUUGUUCCUCACAGAAAAUCUCAAAUUUUGGGCCCUUAUUUUGUGUCUCAUCCGCUGUUCUGGCCCCUCCACAACUCACCAAAAAAUCUGAGGGGAAGAAUGUUGUAAAAGAGAAUGAGGACCUGGAAUCUGCCAUGGCCGCCCAGAUCAGCCAGCCAGAUCUGCCAGGGAGAGCUCCCAAACUUCAAGUCAAAAGGAAAUUUGUUGCUCCUGCAGAUUCCACAGAAGAGGAUACCCCCUCCAAACAGCGAAGAACAGGAGGAAUUAAGAGGCCAGCAGUGAAACCUGCAGCCGCCAAAAAGCUCAUCAAAUCUGCCUCCCCAUCAGAAUCCACUUCUGCCAUGGAAACCCAGAUUCCUCCUAACAAAACAGAAGAUGUUUCUCCCAAGCUAGACCAAGUUGAAGAAAACAUUGCUGCAAGUGAUGAAGGUGAUUCUGCCACCAUCCCUACGAAAUCUGGCAACGGUUCUUCUCCAGCCACAAAG